AUGGAUCGACGUAUUCUAUUUGAUAGUUUAAUUGAAUGGAUGAAAACAUUAAAUUUAAAUGGAACUGAAGAUCUUUCAGAUGGUAGAACGAUUGCAUUGUGUUUGAAUAAUAUUGACUCGAUUCAUUUUAAGAAAGUUUGGUUGCAAACAAUUCGUACUGAUAGCGAAAAUAAUUGUCGAAUAAAAGCGAAGAAUCUAAAUGAAAUCCUCGCUCAUAUAAUAAAUUACUAUUCAAAAAUAUUCGAUCAAUCGCUAAUCGAUUUUCAAAUGCCUAAUUUAAAUAUGAUCGCGGAACGUGUUGACGAAAUUGAGCUGAGUCGACUUCUACAACUUGUUCUUGGUUGUGCUGUUAGUUGUAAUAGAAAAGAAUUUUAUAUUGAACGUAUUAUGUCAAUGGAAAAAUCAGUUCAGCAUAUUCUUAUGAAUGCUAUUCAAGAAUUAAUGAUAAAAGAUAAUCGAAAAAGUCAAGAAGAUUAUUCUGAAAUAGAAAAUCAAUUAAAACAAAAAUUCGAAGAAUUUAAUCGAGUUAUUAAAGAAAAAAAAGACAUUGAAAAUCAUUCUCAUGAACUCAGCUUACAGAUAUCUGCACUUGAAAUGGAAAAACUUCACUUGAUACAACAAACAACAAAACUAAACAAAUGUAUAGAGACAUUCGAAAAUCGUUCCGAAACAGAUACAGUUCCAAUAAGUCGUUAUAGAAUUUUACAAGAAGAAAUUCAGUUUCAACAAGAAGAAAUACUUAAACUUGAAAUCGCUGUACAAGACUGUAAAACUAAAUGCGAUACUUUACAUGAAGACAAUGAAAAUCUUCUCAAACGAAACGAUGAUCUGAUGAAACUAGCAGAUAAUGCACGAAUUUUAAAAGAUGAAUUAGAUGUUUUUCGAAAUGAAUGUGAAAAAAUGACUAGAUUACAAACAACAAUUGAUAGUUAUAAGAUUAAACUAGAAGAAAUGUGUGAUCUUCGAAAACAAAUUAAACGUCUCGAAGAAAAAAAUCUUCGUUUACUUGAAGAGAAAUCUCAUCUUGAACAAGAGAAUAAACAUGCAAAACUAUUACAAACACAAGUUGAAUUUCAUAAAAAAACACAUCAAGAAUUAUAUCGUAAAAUGAGUGAACUUCAAUGUUUAGCGGAUAAAACUGAAUUUGAAAAACAGCUAAACGAAGAAAAAUUAAAAAGUAUCAACGAAGAAAAACUAAAGUUAAUCGAUGAAAUACAAUUGUUAAGAAAAAGAAACGAACAAUUAGUGAAUGUUGAUCCAGAUGAUGUUCCUGAGGAACCGAAUUCGAGUGAUGUAUUAACUGGAGCACUGGCAGAUCUCAAUAUUUUUCAUUUACCAGCUGAAAUCAGACAACAUUUUAUUCGUUUACAACAUGAAAAUGAAAUGUUAAAAUUGAGUCAAACCGAAGAGAAUAAUAACGAACGUGUCUUACUGCUGCAAGCAAAUUAUGAACAACUUAAAAAUCGAAAUAAUCAAUUAAAUAAUGAACUUAGAGUAUCAAAUCAGAAAAUUCUUGAAUUAGAAGCUACAGCGAAUGAUUCAGAAAAUACUAUUGAAAUGACUAAUCUUAAGAAAACACUUAAUCGAACAGUAUCCUAUCAUGAAGAAGAAUCAAUACGAAUUAAAGCUCGAAUUAAUGAACUACAAAAACGAUUAGAGAAUGCUGAGAAACAAUUAAUUGAAAAAGAUACAAUUAUAUCGAUAAAAACAUCUGAAUUAGCUGCCAUUAACGAACGGUAUCGAGAGUAUUUAGAAAAAGCUAAAAUGGUGUUACGUCAAAUGGUCCCACAUAAUGACAGUUCAUUAGUAAAUCAAGAACUUCACUCAUUACGGAAAAAGUCUCAUGAAAAGAAUAGAAAAUUAAAAGAUCUUCAAAAACAAUACGAAAAAGUAAAAAGUAUGAAAGAAAGUCAAGAGAAAUUAUUCGUGAGUGCUUGGUAUUCAUUGGCUAAUCAAUUACAACCGAAUGAAUUUGAAGCACAAUUAGCAUCCCAUGAAGAGUAA